ACACCCUUGCCAUCAAAUUUCCUAACCUUCGAGAUAUCUCUGGAUUUUUGGAGAAAAAAACAUUACUCUUGUGCUCGUCUCGAAUAAAUUGUUAAUAUAAAUUUAAAAAUGGUGCAAUGAAAAAAAUGGAGUAUUUAGAGGACAUUAGGACAAAUUAAUAAAAUUCAAUUCUCAAGAUGAUUUACGAGGAUUAAUUGUACUGAAUAAGUGAUCAUUUUUUCUUCAAAGUUCAUCGAUACUUUUAUUUAAACAAUCAAUUAAUUGAAAUUAAUGACUGAAAUGAAAGAGGCGACGAAUUCUGUGACAGAUACCGAAUGUGUUCUGGGGAAUGGAGAGACAUCACCGGGGGAAGAGACCUCUGGCAAGCGAAAGCUGCGGUCCUGGUUGAAUCGGUUUUUGAGAAUAAAAAUGACUGAUGGGAGAGUCCUCACAGGGGCAUUUCUUUGCACAGAUCGGGAUGCCAACGUUAUUCUUGGCUCCUGCGAGGAAUUUCUCUCUGAAGAUCACACAGAGGCGAGGGCAUUGGGACUGGUUAUGGUUCCAGGACGUCAUAUCGUCUCGAUUCACCUCGACGCCUGGUGCAAUGAAAACGAGAAAGCAGCCUAAAAAAUUUUAUCAAUUCUAUUUUGUGAAUUUUUUGCAAGUCUUCGAGAAAAUUCUAAAAGUCUUCACAGAAUAUCCACACAACAGCAUUCAAAUAUAUUCUAAAAUUCUCGUACGAAUUCACUAAUGAAUAACAAAUUAUCACCGCUUUCCCAUCGAUAUCCCAAUAUUUUCUAUUUCUAGUCGAGAUUCAGUUCCUCUGGGACAUUUUCACUGUCCGCAUUCUCAGACUUCUCCCUCGUUUUAUCUGAAAUAA